AACUUAUGCUUGCUUCAAUGCCUUUAGGCAGCUCCGACGGACUGACCGGCCGAACAGCUGCCCCGGUCCCAGCGGCGCAGAUCGCUCCCCAAUCGCCGAGGCAAAUCCACGACACGGUUUGAAACUUUGAAUCACAACGGAAUCCUUCUCUAACACCACCGCAAGCAUCCCCGCACUUCUCCUCUCCGGUCGCCCUCUCCUUCCGUCCGCGAAGCAGCCACUCCGCUGUCGCUCCCGUAGGAACCCAGCACGUCGAAUUCCGCUUCCACCACCUUGAGGCCGGCGAUGGCCGCGAUGGGGUCUCUCGGCGACUCGUACGAGCUGCGCUGUGUCUCCGAUCUACCCCCGCCGUUCCGCCCCGUGUUUGGGUUCAGGUACUUCAACUCAUUGCAGAGCGAGUGCUUCCCAGUGUGUUUCCUCUCGGAUGUAAACAUGGUUGUCUCCGCGCCUACUGGGAGUGGUAAGACCGUACUGUUUGAGCUAUGCAUUCUGAGGCUCCUCUCGAGGUUCCUCACAAUGGAGUGGAGGUUCAAUUUGAUAAAAGGAACUCUGAAAACAAUCUAUAUCGCUCCUAUGAAGGCGUUGGUGCAGGAGAAGAUGCGCGAGUGGAAAGUGAAGCUGGGCUCGUUGGGGAUAAAUUGCUUGGAGAUGACUGGUGAUAGUGAAUUCUUUAACAAGAAGGCCAUACAUGAUUCUGAUUUGAUCCUCACCACUCCUGAGAAGUUUGAUUCUAUGAGUCGUAAUGGAAUAAGGGAUGGAGGAUUGGGUUUCUUCAGUGACAUUGCUCUGGUCCUUAUUGAUGAAGUUCAUCUUCUCAAUGAUCCACGUGGAGCUGCCCUGGAAGCAGUGGUCAGUAGAAUAAAAAUGCUUUCUCGACUUGGCAACAUGAAAUCUGCUCCAUUGGCAAAUGUUCGAUUCAUAGCAGUUUCUGCAACUAUCUCUAAUGCUGAGGAUAUAGCGGAAUGGCUCCUAGCACCUCCUGAAGGAAUCAAAAGAUUUGGAGAAGAGAUGCGGCCAGUGAAGUUGACAACCAAAGUUCUUGGUUAUGCUCCAGCGAAAAAUGACUUCCUGUUCGAGAGGAGGCUACAAAGUUUCAUUUUCGAUAUACUGAUGCAACACUCAAGAGGGAAGUCUGCACUUGUUUUCUGUUCUACAAGAAAAGGUGCACAAGAAGCAGCACAGUGCCUCUCACAAACUGCAGGGUCUCUUGGCUAUUCAAACCCAUUCAUGAAAUCUAUGCAGCAGUAUGAACAUCUACGAGAGGCUUCCUUAACCUGUAGUGACAAGCAGCUGCAGUCUUGUAUCGUACAUGGAGUUGGUUUCCAUAAUGGUGGUCUUUGCUUAAAGGAUCGGAGUCUUGUUGAGGAGCUUUUCCUGAAGGGUGAUCUUCAAAUUCUAUGCACGACAAAUACUUUGGCACACGGCAUCAAUUUACCUGCACAUACAGUAGUGAUAAAGUCAACACAAUUUUUCAACAAAGAGAAGGGCUCUUAUGUAGAAUAUGAGAGAUCCAUGGUUCUUCAGAUGUGUGGGAGGGCUGGCCGUCCACCAUUUGAUGAUACUGGAACAGUUGUAAUUAUGACAAGAAGAGAGACAGUCCAUCUAUAUGAGAACCUUCUCAGUGGAUGUGAAAUGGUGGAGUCUCAGUUGCUGCCAUGCGCAGUGGAGCACUUAAAUGCAGAGAUUGUUCAGCUGACAGUGUCUGACAUAACUUUGGCAAUUGAAUGGCUCAAGUGCUCAUAUUUAUACAUCAGGAUAAAAAAGAAUCCUGAGCACUACGGAAUUAAGAAAGGGAUUCCUCGUGAUCUCCUUGAGAAACAAAUGAGAGAUAUAUGUAUUGAGAAGAUCCACGAGUUGGGUGAGUAUGGGCUAAUUUGGACAGACGGAGAUGGUUUCAGUCUAAAACCAUUAGAACCUGGGAGGCUGAUGACAAAAUUCUAUUUAAAGUUUGACACGAUGAAGCUUAUUGUCAAAGCUUCUGCAUGUUGCAGUAUGGAAGAUUUAUUGCAUAUCAUAUGCCGCUCUGCAGAGAUUUCUUGGAUCCAACUACGUCGAAAUGAGAAGAAAACUCUAAAUGACAUAAAUUCAGAUAAAGAGGGAAGGCUUCGAUUCCAUGUUCUCAGUGAGAAUGGAAAAAAGAAGAAGCGUAUCCAGACAAGAGAAGAUAAAAUAUUUGUAUUAGCGAAUGACUAUUUAACUGGGGACCCCUUGAUGCAUGAUUUAUCCCUCAACCAGGAAACAAAUUCAAUAUGCUCAAAUGGAUGUAGGAUUGCCAAAUGCAUGAAAGAAUAUUUUAUAUACAAAAGGAGUUACAGAUCUGCCGUAAAUUCUAUGCUCCUUGCGAAAUGCCUAGAUCAAAAACUUUGGGAAAGCAGUCUAUUUUUACUCAAACAACUUCCUGGAAUUGGAACUGUUACAGCAAAGGCACUCAAGACUGCUGGAGUUGAUUCCUUUGAGAGCCUGGCAACUGCUGAUGCUAGAAAGCUAGAAACUGCAACGGGACGAAAUUAUCCAUUUGGAAAUCAGAUAAAGGACUCCUUGUCGUCAUUACCGCCAAAAAUUGACAUACAAAUUGAGGUCGAGGAUGCUGGAAACAGACAAGGGAAAUCAACCAUUACCGUAACACUAAGCCGGCAAUCACAGGCAGUUCGAUCCAGUAAACAGAACUAUUUUGACAUGAUUGUGGGCUCGGAGGAAGAUAAUAUGAUCCUUUUUCAUGAAAAAAUAAGGGCUCAAGAGUUUUCCAGCCCAUAUUCUGUAAAACUUUUGGUGCCAUGCCCCCAGAGUGCCAGGGUGACUCUGAAGGUUGAUCUGAUUUUUGAAGAACACGUUGGUAUUGAUAUCCACAAGAAGCAUGUGGUCAGCAGGGAGGAUGAUUUGCAUGUGACAAAAGCGUAUGGGACAGAAAAGCCAAAACCCUUGUCCAGUCUUCCUGCUGAUAUUUGUUCGGUUAGCUCCAGGACAGCUCGAACAAUUCCAGCUCAAGCUCAUAUUGGACGGAGCCCACUAUCGAAAGAGGUUUGUGUUAUAGAAGACGAUGAUGAUGCCAACGUUCCAGACAAAGCUGACAAUAUGCCGAGAACGAGAACAUUUAACAACUUGGCUUCACUAGAGGUCCCCAGCUUUGACUUAAUGCUUGAAGAAGAUAAUGGAGAUAUGCAAGAUGUAUCAUUUCCUGAAGCAGCAAAAGCAGAAUGCAGAAGUGCCAGUAGCAGCACAAUUUUUGAUCACAUACGCAAGAAAUCCAGAGAUUUUCCAACACUGAUGUUGUCAAAGUCGAUGGAUAGCUCAUAUGAACCUUUGAUACUGAAGAAGAUGAAGACAUCGAGGGACCAGUUUAACUUGGAUCAGGGAAUCCUGCAUGCGAAUGAGGUUACACCAAUGGAUUCUGAACAUUCCGAGCUUAGAGUCUCUCCGACCAAUACAUCCGAGAAGUGUCGGAUGAUCCUGAGCAGAACUUCAGAGAUGGGCCGCUCUCUGUUUGCAGAGAAAGUUUACAGCCCAUUUGAGAAGAGCAAGAGCCUGAAUAGAAUUCCAGAUGAAAACUCUGUUCAAUUUGCUGACAGAAGGGGCAGCCUGUCUGAGAAGAGCAAGAGCCUGAGCAGAAUUCCAGAUGAGAACUCCAUUCAAUUUGCUGUGAGAACUGACAGCCUCUCCGAGAAGACCAAGAUCUUGUGGACAGCACCAGAUGAGAACUCUCAUCAAUUUGCAGGCAAAAGGGACAGCCCAUCUGAGAAGAGCAAGAUCCUGAUGAGACCUCCAGAUGACGGCACUCUUCAUUUCGCAGGCAGAAGGGGCAGCCCAUCCGAAAAGAGCAAUGUCUUGAGCAGAACUCCUGAUGAGACCAGUCUCCAGUUUGCAGCUAAAAGGGACAGCUCAUCCGCGAAGAGCAAUGCCUUGAGCAAAACACCUGAGGUGGACUCUGCUCAGCUUGCAGGUAGAAGGGACAACCCGUCGGAGAAGAACAAACUCUGUUCCAGCAGCCCCUUCCCAGAUUUCCAGGCUAUGAAGCAAGCUCCAGCCACAGUUCAGCCUCUCAGGAUUCAAGACUACUGCAAGGAUAUAUUGGCGAGUUCAAAGGGCAGUGGAACUGGCGAACCUUUCCUUGGUUUCAAGAGUGUCUUUUCGUUCCUCUGAUCUUGUGAGUAUCGUGUACAGGUCUGCUCAAUGUUGUGCUCGAAAUAUGGCACGGUGACCUACCAGAGGCAUUAGCUUGACAAUUUCUGAUGAUUACUAGUACAGUAGGUUUUAUCGUACAGCAUUAUAUGUUGGAACACCUUUCUGUGCUGUGUACGAAUGGUAUGUGGAUAUAAUGCAUACUGUAUUAAUUAAACACAAUGCGUUAAGUGCAA